UUAAACAAUUCUCAUUUCAUUUCCCUUGUUUUCUUUGCAAAAGAAGACAGAACUACUAUCUGUAUAUAUAAGACACUAACAACUUUUCUUUGGCAUGUAGAGGGUCAAUCGGAUACUAUUGUGCAAGACAUUGAAAAUAUGGUUCUCUCCUACAUUGAGAAGCCCAACUGUAUAAUUCUAUCAAUUUCACCUGCUAAUCAAGAUCUUGCUACAUCUGAUGCAAUUAGAAUCUCUCGUGAAGUGGAUCCAACAGGGGAGAGGACACUUGGAGUCUUAACGAAGAUUGAUCUUAUGGACAAGGGUACUGAUGCUUUUGAAGUAAAUGUUGGAAGGAAAGUCAUAUCGGCUAAAUUUCCUUGGGUUGGGGUCGUGAAUCGCUCACAAGCAGACAUUAACAAGAAUGUUGACAUGAUUGCUGCCCGGCGUAGAAAACACGAGUAUUUUUCUACUACCCCAGAAUACAAGCACCUUGCUCCAAGAAUGGGUUCUGAGCAUCUAGCAAAAAUGCUUUCUAAGCAUUUGGAAACAGUAAUUAAGUCGAAAAUCCCAGGGAUCCAGUCCCUCAUUAGCAAGACCGUUGCUGAACUUGAAGCUGAACUGAGUCGCCUUGGAAAGCCCAUUUCUGCUGAUGCUGGAGGAAAACUGUAUACAAUCAUGGAGAUAUGUUGUCUAUUCGAUGGAACAUAUAAAGAACAUCUUCUCGGUAGGCGCCCGGGCGGUGAUAAGAUUUACAACAUUUUUGAUAUCCAGCUUCCUGCUGCUCUAAAAAGAUUGCAAUUUGACAAGCAACUUUCAAUGGAAAAUAUAAGGAAGCUCAUUACUGAAGCUGAUGGAUAUCAACCUCAUCUAAUAGCUCCUGAACAAGGUUACUGUCGUCUCAUUGAAUCCUCUGUAAUUACUAUUAGAGGUCCUGUUGAGGCAGCUGUUGAUGUGGUUCAUGCCAUUUUGAAGGAUCUGGUUCACAAGUCUGUCAAUGAGACUCCAGAGCUAAAGCAGUAUCCUGCUCUUAGAGUAGAGGUUACAAAUGCAGCUAGUGAUUCGUUUGAGAGGAUGAGAGAAGAAAGUAAGAAGGCAACACUAAAGCUAGUUGAUAUGGAGUGUAGUUAUCUGACACUUGAUUUCUUCCAUAAACUUCCUCAAGAUGUUGAGAAGGGUGGCAACCCAUCACAUUCGAUUUUCGAUAUAUACAAUGAUUCAUAUCUCAGGCGAAUUGGGACAACGGUUCUGGCUUACGUCAAUAUGGUAUGUGCAAGUUUGUGUAACUCCAUCCCCAAGUCUAUUGUCUAUUGCCAAGUCCGAGAGGCAAAACGAAGCUUUCUUGACCAUUUCUACACUGACUUGGGAAAAUUGGAGACAAAGCAGUUGCCCUUAUUACUGAAUGAGGAUCCGGCAAUAAUGGAGAGGCGUUCUGCCCUCGGGAAGAGGCUGGAGUUAUACAGAAGUGCUCGAGCAGAAAUUGAUUCAGUUGCUUGGGCUAAGUAGGCAUGCAUCACAUGCACCAUUUCUUUUCGGAUGUGGAUUUUGUCGAGAAGGCCACACAAUUCAUUCAUUUAAGAUUUUGUUGUAAUGGGGGAAAGGAGGGGGGUUUGGGAGCCCCCUUGUUUCAUUUUAGCCUUCAUUUUAUGUACUAACAAAUUGACAAGGGGUGAUGCCAUCUUUUACUUGAUGUCGUUAUGCUUGUUUUUUCAACCGUGACAUUUAUAUAGUAUAUAUGAUUUGCUAAA